AGGGACGGAGUUCGACUCCACGGGUUGUUGACGGAAACGAGUCUGGUUUGGCCCCGGAAGUGUGGCAUCUUGGGCCAUUCGUCUUCCGUAGUGGCUUUGGUGGCGUUGGGACCCCGCCGAGCCAUGGCUGGCGCGGCGCCCGCCGUCCCCGUCCUGCCUCCUCCUCCGGAGCAGCUACGGCUCUUGGCUGCGGAGCUGCGGUCGCUGGUGCCGGGGGUGCGGGUCGGCGAAGCCCAGGAGAGCGCCGAGUUCAGUCGAGAGGCGUUUUGGAGAAGACUCGAUGAGGCCGCCGUGAGGGUGUCCCGGGAAGCCACGGCUCUGACCACAGUCUUCUGUCGGCCUCCGCUGCCGUCUCCUCAGGAAACCCAGAGAGUCUGUGAGCAAGUCCAUGCUGCCACCAAGGCAAUUAUUACAGUAUACUACUCAUUCCCCAAGGACCAGGGAAUCACCCUCAGAAAGCUGGUACGGAAUGCCACUCUGGACAUCGUGGAUAGCAUGGUUCAGCUCCUGGAAGUGCUUCUUGUCACUCCACCUCAGAGCCCUGAGAACAAUGACCUUAUUUCCUGCAACAGUGUCUGGGUUGCUUGCCAGCAGGUGCCUCAGAUACCAAGAGAUAACAAAGCGGCAGCCCUUCUGAUGCUGACGAAGAGUGUGGAUCUUGUGAAGGAUGCCCAUGAAGAGAUGGAGCAGGCUGUGGAAGAAUGUGACCCUUACUGUGGCCUUCUGAAUGAUUCUGAGGACAAUGCUGACAACCAUGGUGAGGAGGAUGGGGUAUUGGAGUGUCCAAGCAACCAGGACUCAUACUGGUCAGAAGAUGAUCAAGAGCUCAUAACCCCAUGCCUUGCAUUGGUGAGAGCAUCCAAAGCUGCUCUCAAGAAAAUCCGGAUUUUAGUGGCAGAGAAUGGGAAGAAGGACCAGGUGGCCCAGUUGGAUGACAUUGUGGAUAUUUCCAAUGAGAUCAGCCCCAGUGUGGAUGAUUUGGCUCUGAGCAUCUAUCCACCUAUGUGUCACCUCACUGUGAGAAUCAAUUCUGGGAAACUGGUGUCUGUUUUAUUGAAGGCACUUGAAAUUACAAAAGCAAGCCAUGUGAGCCCUCAGCCAGAAGACAGCUGGAUUCCUUUACUUAUUAAUGCCGUUGAUCACUGCAUGGACAGAAUUAAGGAGCUCACUCAGCAUGAUGUUGAAUUCUGAGUUUUUAGCCUCCUCAUUAUUUUCUUCCUCUCUUACUUGGUUACAACUAGGCUCUGCUAGGCUCCAAUAUUUGCUUUUAAAAGUGGAGCUAGAGGAGCAGGGGAGAUGGCUCAGUGGUUAAAGAUGCUUUCGAAGCCUGCAGCCUGAGUUCAGUUCUCCAGUACCCACAUAAAGCCAGAUGCACAAAGUGAUGCAUGCAUCUGGAGUUGACAGCAGCAGGAGGCCCUGGGAUGCUCAUUUUCUCUCUCUUUUCUCUCUGCUUGCAAAUAAAGAAAAAUAAUGAAAAAAAAAUGGAGCUAGAAUGCUUGCUGGAUGAAAAGGAAGUUUCUAUCUAUCACUCGCUUGUAUGUGUCUGUGCCUGUUUGGGUGCAGGUGCACACGUGUGCGUGUAGGCUGUGGAGGCCAACAGUUGACCCUGGGAGUUGUCUUCAGUCACUCUUUACCUUGAUGUUUGGACGGGACUUCAUUCAACCUGAAACUUAGCAAUUAGGCUAGAUGAGCUUGCCAGCAAGCCUCAGGGAUGUUCUGUCUGUGUCUCCCCAGCAUUAUAGGAGUGUACCACUGUGCCUGGCUUUUAGGUGGAUGUUGUAUGGUGAGCACUUGACCCAUUGAACCACCUCUAGUCCUUCCUGUCUAUGUUUUGACAGGCGACUGUAUGACUAAUGAUUAUUAGCUAGGGCAGAUUGGUAAUUAUUUAUAAAUUAUUUGAAUGUGAUUUUUUUUUUGUGCUAGACAUGAAAGAAAUAUGCUUAAAUUUGUGUUCCUGAGCUGUCUUUUGGCGAUUCCUAGGAAAACUACUACUUAUUUGCAAUAAAGUAUAUUGUUUCAUUGUUAAAGAUGUUAAACUAUUAA